AUGUCGCCCUUGCCAAACGGCUAUGGCGAAGAACCGCAAGAGCCCGAGUUUUCCUCAUGGAAUGGAGCCCCUGCGAUAGCAAUACACCCUGCUGAUGAAGUUACUGCUCAGAACAAGCAUUUGCACACUCGGUUCGCGGCAAAGCACCACAUCUCACCUGCUCGAUUGUUUUCCAACCGUCCAACUUGCGACUGUCCGCCGUCCUCGCCUUCCGACGGCAUGCGUCAUGGUCAGACAGCCCUCCAGAUACCAAUCAUCGAUUGCGCAGAUGCGGACCUGGACAACGCUUCAGCCACGACCAUUUCACCAGUGUUUUCCGCCAUGAGGUCUCGCUCUGCCUCUUCCUGCAGCACCUUCCCGCCGCGCUGUAGGUCAAGUGGUCGUGUCGAACAUCUCUCCAGCCCAUGGGGUGCGCCGUUUCUUCUGUCUCCCAAGGCCUUGGCAGAGACCAUUGCUUCCAAGAGCAUGGCUGAGCUAGACGCUCUCGGCGGACUCGAGGGGCUGGCUCGAGGCUUACAGACUGAUUUAUACGCUGGCCUGUGUGAGGACCUUCGGUCGACCCGUGCCGCCAGCCCUUCACUAGAGCAGCAUGUUCACGGGCCACAUCAAACCAGAGUCGACGUCUAUGGCGUCAACAGGAUACCGCCCAAACGGGCAAAGGGCAUCCUUCAGCUGAUGAUGAUUGCCUUGGGCGACAAGGUCCUGGUUCUGCUGUGCAUCGUCGCGGGCGUCUCAUUAUUCAUUGGGCUGUACCAGUCCCUUUUCCAGCCACAUUUACCAUCGCAGCCGAGGACGGAAUGGGUGGACAGUCUGACAAUCAUGGCGGCGGUGCUCAUUGUUGUAGUGACGGGGGCGGUGAAUGACUAUCAAAAAGAGAAGCAGUUUGCCCGUCUUGUGAAAAAGACCGAGGACCGGGUUGUGGAAGUGAUACGCGCCGGCAAAACUACAGAGAUAUCCGUCUUCGACAUACUCGUUGGCGACAUUCUUCGUGUCGCAGCCGGCAGUGUGAUUCCGGCUGAUGGCGUCCUAGUAACGGGCUUGUCAGUUCGAUGCGACGAGUCUUCCAUCACCGGCGAGUCCGAUCACAUUACCAAGACGCCAUUGAACACUGCGCUAUCAAGACUGCGCGUUGGCGAGGUCGCAAAGGAUAUUGACCCCUUCAUCAUCUCUGGUGGCAAAGUGCUAAAAGGAACAGGGACCUACCUGGUCACCGGGGUUGGCGUUAACAGUUUGUAUGGCCGACUCAAGAUGGACGUGACUGAGAGAACAGAAGCUACGCCGUUACAAAAGAAACUGGGCGGCAUAGCGGACAGGAUCGCCGUGGCUGGCGUGACUGUCUCUGUCCUCUUACUCGGAGUCCUUGGGAUCAAACUUCUAAUUCAGAUACCUGGCUCCGAGCGGACCUUUGUUGAGUUGGUGCAGAUCCUUCUUAGGAUCUUCAUGGUGUCCAUAAGCAUCAUUGUCGUUGCCGUCCCCGAAGGCCUGCCACUGGCUGUAACUCUUGCUCUUGCCAUUGGCGUGACAAGAAUGCUCAAGGAUAACAAUCUGGUCAGGGUCCUCUCGUCGUGCGAGACAAUGGGUAACGCAACCGUGGUGUGCUCUGACAAGACUGGAACACUUACAAUGAACAAGAUGACUGUUUCCGCCGGCUGUGUUGGGUUGCAUGGUUUGUUUGAUGGCCGGGGACGCCAUUUGGAGGAGACGAAUCUGAAUCCUCGACAAGGGGAAGACGGAUCGCGCUCCUCGGCUCAGCCGAGUAUGUCUCCUGCUGAAUUCCAGUCGUCAGUGCAUCUGCAAGUCAGAAACGUCUUGGUGCAGUCAAUUUCUACCAACUCCACGGCAUCAGAGGGGUUGGUAGAUGGAACACCGUCUUUUAUCGGAUCCUGCACUGAAGUGGCGCUUCUCAGCUUUGCGAGGACGUGGCUCGGUAUGCGACCAUUACACCAAGAGCGAGCAAAUACACAAGUCGUCCAGACCUGUCCAUUCGACUCCAAGAGGAAGUACAUGGCUACUGUGGCUCUGCAAGCCAACGGCCUGUAUCGACUGUACCUGAAGGGUGCUCCCGAAGUCAUCUUACAAGCCUGCGACCGAGUUUUGUGUGAUGGAAUACUGCCAUUGGCAGAGGAUGCAACGCUCACUCCUGAACGCCGCCAUUCUGUUCUUCAAGUCGUCGAGUCUUAUUGCAACAUGUCACUUCGGACAAUCGGAUUUGCCUACAAGGAUAUGUCGUCUUGGCCGCCAACAGAUGCGUUGUCGAACGAAGAUGACAUGUGGCAGCACCUUCUCACCGGCAUGACCUUCCUCGGGACAUUGGCGAUCCAUGACCCUCUGAGACCCGAGGCCACCCAUGCCAUAGCACAGUGUAUCCAAGCAGGUGUAUCGGUCAGAAUGGUCACCGGUGACAAUGUCCAAACUGCGCGGGCGAUUGCGCAAGAAUGUGGAAUUCUAACUGACAACGGGGUUGUAAUGGAAGGAUGGCAAUUCAGGAACUUGGAUGUGACUGAAAUGUACGACAUCCUCCCCAACCUACAGGUCCUCGCCCGGUCUAGUCCCGAAGAUAAGAAAACGCUCGUUCAGCGACUCAAAGAUCUAGGCGAGACCGUGGCCGUCACCGGAGACGGGACAAACGAUGGGCCUGCACUUCGGGCCGCAGAUGUAGGCUUCUCGAUGGGCAUAUCCGGCACGGACGUUGCAAAGGAAGCAUCAUCUAUAGUUCUCAUGGACGAUAACUUUUCCUCCAUUGUAAGCGCCAUCGAGUGGGGAAGGAGUAUCAACGACGCGGUGAAGAAGUUCCUUCAUUUUCAACUCACGGCAAACAUCACGGCUGUCACCCUCACAUUCGAAUCGUCCGUUUCUAGCGACACUGGCGAAUCCAUCAUAUCACCUGCCCAACUGCUUUGGAUCAACUUGAUCAUGGACACUCUGGCUGCGCUGGCGCUUGCGACGGAUCCGCCAAACGCCUCUGUUCUUCAGCGGGCUCCCGACACGAAAGCAACGCCAUUAAUAUCCGUUACCGGGUGGAAGAUGAUUGUCGGACAGGCAAUGUACCAGCUUCUCGUCAUGUUCAUACUCGACUUCAAAGGGUCUGAUCUUCUGAAGCGCAUGAGACCCGACGACGCGACUACAUUGGAGACAUUUGUGUUUAAUACAUUCGUGUGGAUGCAGCUAUUCAACCUGUACAAGUGA